AGCGUGGAGUCGUCAGUUGAGACUUGCGUUCUAAACGCGGCCUGGAAUAUCUUUGGAAUUCGCUUUGCCAAAGAUAGAGCGGUGUGAGGACAAUGGUCUUUGCCGAGCGAAGUGAUAGGGUCCAAGACCGAGGCCUGUGAAUUGAGACCACUGGGCUCUGGGCUCUAAAAGGUUGUCCCGGCUCCAGACUACAUUUCCCAGUGUCCGCCGUAUCCGAGGCAAAGUUCUGUCCGCACACCGGCCCUUUCAGGACCAUAGCAGGGGUCGUGCGCGAGUCCCUGAGGAACAUCCACAGCUUGAGGGAACCGCAAAGUCGACUCUGCUUUCUCAAGACUGCUUCACCGUGAGAGGAAUCUAGAAGACUGAGCAACUCUUGGAAUUUUAAGUUAUGGCCCAUUUGAUGAUGUUCAGGGAUGUAGCUGUAGACUUCUCUCAAGAGGAGUGGGAGUGCCUGGACUUGGAACAGAGAGCUCUGUACAGAGACGUGAUGUUGGAGAACUACAGCAACAUGGUCUCACUGGGACUUUGCCUUUAUCAGCCAGAUGUGUUCUCUUUACUGGAGAAGGGGAAAGAGCCCUGGAUGGUUUUGAAGGAUGAGACAAGAGGACCUUGCCCAGACAUGCAAUCCAGGUGUAAGACCAAGACAUCACCAAAAAAUGGCAUUUUUGACAGAGGAUUACCUCAAUGGGAAAUAAUGGAAAUUUGUAAAAAACAUAGCCUUGAAUGUUUAUGUUUUAAAGGUGAUUGGGAAAGCAAAGGUCAGUUUGAAACACAACAGGAAAACCAGGAAGAAUGUUUUAAGCAGAUGAUACUCACCUGUGAAAAAAUUCCCACAUUUAACCAGCACACAACUUUUAAUCUACUUCAGAGACUUAAUACAGUAAAGAAACUGAAUGAAUUUAAAGGGUGUAGGAAAACAUUUUGUUCUGACGCAAACUGUAUUCAACAUCAAUUAAUUCACACUGGUGGAAAAUUUUGUGACGGUAAGGAAUGUGAGAAGACCUUUUUUCCUGAUUCAGAACUUACUCAAUAUCAGACAGAUUGCACUGCUAAGAAAACAUAUGAAUGUAAAGAAUGUGGGAAGGCUUUUAGUUUGCGCUCAAGUCUUACUGGUCAUAGGAGAAUUCAUACUGGUGAAAAACCUUUUAAAUGUAAGGAAUGUGGGAAGGCCUUUAGAUUUCAUUCACAACUUAGUGUCCAUAAGCGUAUUCAUACUGGUGAGAAAUCUUAUGAAUGUAAGGAAUGUGGCAAGGCCUUUAGUUGUGGCUCAGACCUUACUCGACAUCAGAGAAUUCAUACUGGUGAAAAACCCUAUGAAUGUAAUGACUGUAGGAAGGCCUUUAGUCAGCGAUCACAUCUUACUAAACAUCAGAGAAUUCACACUGGUGAAAAACCGUAUGAAUGUAAGGAGUGUGGGAAAGCUUUUACUCGUGGCUCACACCUAACUCAACAUCAGAGAAUUCAUACUGGUGAGAAAUCUCAUGAAUGUAAAGAAUGUGGAAAAGCCUUUAUUCGUGGUUCAAAUCUUGCUCAACAUCAGAACGUUCAUGUUGGUAGGAAACCCUAUGAAUGUGAGAAAUGUGGGAAAGCCUAUAUCUGGAGUUCACACCUUGCUCGACAUCAGCGAAUUCAUACUGGUAUGAAACCUUUUGAAUGUAAGCAAUGUGGGAAGACUUUUAUAUGGGCCUCAUACCUUGCUCAACAUGAGAAAAUUCAUAAUGAGAGAAAACCAUAUGAAUGUAAGGAAUGUGGAAAGACCUUUAUUCAUGGUUCAGAGUUUAAUCGACAUCAGAAAAUUCAUACUGGUGAGAGAAACUAUGAAUGUAAGGAAUGUGGAAAGACCUUUUUUCGUGGUUCAGAACUUAAUCGACAUCAGAAAAUCCAUACUGGAAAGAGAUCAUAUGAAUGUGAAGAGUGUGGAAAAGCCUUUCUCUGGGGUUCACAACUUACACGACAUCAGAGAAUACAUACUGGUGAGGAACCUUACGUAUGUAAAGAAUGUGGGAAAUCUUUUAUCUGGGGUUCACAACUAACACGACAUAGGAAAAUUCAUACUGAUGCAGAACCCUAUAAAUGUAAGGAAAGUGGCCAGAUCUUUAGUCACCAUUCUUAUUUUGCUAAACAGAAAAUUCACAGUGGUGAGAAUCUUUAUCAAUGGAAAGAUUAUGGGAGCACCAUUACUCAUGACUCAUACUUUGCUCAACACCAGAGUAUUUACACUUUUGAGAAAUGCUAUGAACGUAAAGAUUUUGAGAGGGCAUUUUCUCCAGGCUCUCACUUUAUUUCACUCUUGUGAAAUCUGUAAAAAUGCAGGAAAAAUCUUUAUUCAUGACUUGUUAAUUGAUGUCAGUUAAUUCCUUCUUUUGAGAAAGCCUGUAGUGUAAACAAUAUUGGAAGACCUUUUGACAGAGCACGCAACACACUCAACAGCAAAUAAUUCCUAGUGCAAUCUAUAUUAAUAGAGGAAAGCUUUACUGAUUGGUUAUCAAUUAUAGAAUAUCAGGGCAAAG